CAUAAUCUCCCAAGAAGCUUCAAGUGCUUCAAUUUUCUACUCGCAAAGUGCCAUGGCGGCCGCGCUGCGCGGUUGGCAAGGCGUGGCUGGCAUUGUGGCGCGACAGCGCCAGGCCUUGCCAAGCACAUGGCUGGCGGUGAGGUGUUUCGCAGAUAGGAGGGUGGGUGUAGUGAAGAACUGGAACGACCAGAAGGGUUUUGGUUUCAUUUCCCCCUCCGAGGGCGGUGAGGACGUCUUUGUGCACCGCAGUGGCUUGGGUGAGGGCAUGGAUGCCUUGUCACCCGGAAUGAGCGUGAGCUUCAUGCCACAGUGGGACGAGAAGAAACGAAAGGAUCGGGCCUCUGAUGUGCAAGCUUCCGAUGAAGCGAGCAGUCCUGAAGCGACCUCAGAUCCAGGUGUGGAGGUCACGUCGCAUCACAUCGUAGGAUCCUGGGAGAAGUGGAGCAUCCACAAGUCUGCCAUGGCUGGUGACGAUGGACUCAGACACCGAGUGGUUUUACGGUCUGAUGCUCCUAAAGGAAAAGCGAGCAACAGCGUUAGAGAAGAGUUCCAGAUUGUGGGGAACAAGAGCUGGGAUUUGAGGUACUACCCAGCGGGUGGUGAUAAGGAGGAGGUGGUGGUGCUGAAACCUGGUGGCCCGGGAUCCAAAGCCGCCCUGGGCUCCAAGAAGAAGGGCCAUGGUCGCAACUGGGCCGUGGAAGGUGCAGCGGGUGCAAGCUUUGACAUCAUCUUUGACACCCAGUCGCAGAUGGUGAAGAGUGAACUUGUGGAGUGAAUGUCCUGGCAGCAGCCCCCCUCCAACCAGAGAGGUGGUACUGGUCGGUUGGCAUCACACAUGAGUCACAUGAGCAUGACGAGCUUUCAAACAGAUCCCAG